AUGGCUUAUCUCGCAUUAUCUGUGCGAUUUCUGAGUCGUCUCAAAAAUAUUGUCAUCAUCCGUGGCUCAUCUGCAUCAGCAUCAUCAUCUACGCGCGCAACCAUGCUGAUGGCGGCAACAGCAGCAGCGGCAUUAUCACGGCACUUCACAUCAUCAGCACACCAUGCGCUUUUGCUGCGUGCUCUCUUCAUCCUCUCUCUUCUCCUGGCGCCUCCCGGACCAUCAUGGCUCUUCCCUCCCUCUCCCGCGGAAACGCUCCCGCGCUACUCGCUCACAGCCACCGCCGACUUCCCCCUCCCCUAUUUCCUCAGCAAUAGCCCCCAGUGGGGCAUGGUGCAAGAGUUUGUUGCGAACAUGCCCAGCGGCUUUAACGAGAAUACGAAUUGGUCCAUCCCUUGGAAGGACUGCAGGGACUGGGAGUGGAGGGAGACUGAUGGUCUCAUAUGCGACUCCAGUAGCCUCGUCACAGCAAUCUUCAUCUCCAACCUAUACGAUCCCAUCCCGACCGUACUCUGGAAACUCACCACCUUGGAGCGCCUAUCAUUGAUUUGGGGACCAAACACGGAUCCACUCCUGUCGCCUGCCAUUUCCGACCUCACCCGUCUCACCUCUCUCUCUUUGAUGCGCGCUCAACUGGGCACAACAGUUCCAAGUGGCAUUCUCACAUUGACCGGCCUCAACACUCUGAGCCUGCGGGACGUGGGACUCACGGGUGCGAUUGCUCCAGAAAUCAGCAAGCUGACUCGACUCAACGACCUUGACUUGUCAUACAACUCGCUGGCAGGACCCCUGCCAACCGUCCUCUGUAUCCCAACCCUCACAAGCUUGGCCUUGACCGUCAACCUCUUCACGUCCAUCCCCGCGGCGGUCUCCGUCAUGAAAAGCCUCAAAAGCCUUCGCUUGGACCGCAACAGACUCUCAGGGUCUAUUCCUCCUCAGAUCAGUGUGAUGAAAGACCUCUAUAACCUGGAACUGCAAGACAACGCGCUGACAGGACCCAUCCCCGCACAACUCUCUGCCUUUCGCUCCUUGAAUUACCUUCGGUUGCAACUCAACAAGCUAACGGGUUCAAUUCCAACAUUUCCACCACUCAUGAAGACAAUCAAUUUGAUGAGCAACCAGCUGGAUGGAAGCGUCCCAAAGUCUAUCGCUUCUCAGAAAUACCUCCAACAGCUGAACCUGGACAACAACAGGCUCACGGGAUCGGUGCCUGUUGGUUUCAGCGCUUCCAUUGAGAGAAUUUCGUUGCGCAACAACCGACUCUCAGGCAAGAUUCCUCCCAGCUUCUUCAAAGAAAGCCAGGCCGCUCAGAAAGUAGCGGGAAACAAUGUGCAAGCAGCCCAAGUCAUCACCAUCCAAGCACUGGGAGACCUCACGUAUCUUGACCUUAGCUCCAACUCCCUUGAAGGGAACAUCCCCGAUCAAAUCUCCGAGCUCACGAAACUCUGGGUUCUUGACCUUAGCUCCAACUCCCUUGAUGGAACCAUCCCCAAUAAGAUGUCCACGGUCUCGCAACUCAUGACCCUUGACCUUGGCUCCAACUCCUUUUCUGGAAGCAUCCCCGAUUGGAUAUCCACGCUCGCGUAUCUAACUACACUUGACCUUAGCUACAACUCCCUCAAUGGAACCAUCCCGAGCGGGGUAGGCGAGAUCCCGUAUCUUAAUGUGAUGGACCUGAGCAACAAUCAGCUGAGCGGAAGCAUUCCGGACAGCCUGUCUCGUCUCCGAUAUAUGACAAUGCUUGACCUGAGCUCCAACCUGCUUGAUGGAACCAUCCCCGAUAAGAUCUCGGAGCUCCAGCAACUCAGCGUGCUUGACCUGAGCAACAAUCGUCUGAGCGGGAGUGUGCCACACGGCUUGACCGGUCUCACUCAGCUCACAGUCCUUAGCCUGCGCAACAACCAACUGAGCGGCUGUCUGCUGCAGCCCAUCCCUCCCUCCGUCAAGCAAUACCAACUAGACAGCAACUUCUUCUCCUGCGGCUUCUCCUCUCCGCCCGACUGCACCAACACCAUCAUAGCCGUGCAAGCCAACUGCCUUGGCACGGCAGACGUGCCGCCCUGUCCCAUGGACCCGCAGCGAGUGACAGAGGUCUGCGCGUCCUUCUGCGGUCUUUCUGCCACCUCACUUCCCUGCGCCGGGCACGGCACGUGCUUCUAUUCCGGUCCCAACAAGAUCCCCACGUGUGCCUGCAACACUGGGUAUACCAACGGGGAGCUUCCAGGGACAUGCGUGGCCGUUGUUGCUGCUGGUCCUACUCCGGCUGACUUCUCCCUCCUGACCUCGAUCAGUGUUUCUUCUGGCGACGGUGGCGGAGCGGCGAUGGCGGUGAAAGGAGCAGCAGCGGCGCAGCCGGAUAACAGCGUGGUGCUGACGAGCAACAGCCAGGCGGCAUGGGGAGCCGCGUUCCUGGUGUCGCGCGUGCGGCUCUUCUCCUACACCGUCAAGAACCACUCGUGCGGCCGCGAGAUCGGCCUCAAGCUCUCCUUCUCCUUCUCCCUCGCCCCGGCCACCGGCAGCAACAACGUCGGCAAGGGAGGCCUCGCGUUUGUCAUCGCAGCAGCAGAUGCCGUUCCCGGGGGUGAUGGCAGCACUCUGGGUUACUCCGGCAUGAGCGAGCGCAGCAUCGCAGUGGAAUUUGACACGUUUCAGGAUGCGAGCAGCAGCGACCCGGACAGCAGCCACGUGGGCAUCAACGUCGGCGGCUCCGUGGUUUCCAUCUCCACUGCAGCGGUGCCAGGGCUGAACACAGGGAGCACCAAGUACACGUGGAUCGACUACUCUCCCAUGAAAGGCGGCCUGCUGUCCGUGUAUGUGGCUAGUGCUGCCUCUCGCCCCGCCAAGCCGACUCUCAAGCGCAGUGUGUCGCUGUGUGAUGUGCUGAAGCCCACGUUUGAGCAGGCCACGUUUGUCGUUGGCUUCACUGCUGCCUCGUCUGACCCGCCUCAGAAGCAAACGGUGCUGCAGUGGUCGCUGGAUACAGAUUUUCCAACCCAGGACACCGUAACAGCCCUACCACUGGGCUUCACGCUAGCAGAGGCCACGUUCACCACCUCAGGAGUCAACCGUUUCUUCCGCUACGCCAGUGCCGGCGCGCUGCAGCCCUCCUCCUCCUCAGGAGGAGCACCGGGGGCGAGCACAGCGGACGAGGAGCAGCAGUGGGCAGUGGCGACCAACAUGACAUGGGUGCGCGCAGACCUUCUUCCCAGCUGGUCGGUGCCCAGCCAGGGGGGGUGUGGCGACUGCUGGGCCUACGCUGUGGUAGCAAGCAUCGAAGCCGCCUACGCCAUCCUUGCAAGCAACGGCUCGCUGCCCGUCUUUUCUGUUGACUCGCUCGUUGCUGAUAUGAAGGCGGAUUGUUCCGGGGGAUCGCCUUCUAAGGCCUUUCAGUACCUGCUUUCUGUUAGCAAGCGCGGCGGGGGGUUAGAGGUGCAACAGACGGGAGGAGGAGCAGCAAGGGUUAAGAAGGGCGGAGCGAAGGGCGCGACGGGUGUGGCUGUGGCAGUGGGAAGCGGUGCGGUGGGGUUGCAGGGGAAACAGGGAAAACAGGGGGCACUGACAUCGGCAGCAGCAGCGGCGGCAGCAGCGGGUCAGAGUCCACUGUGCUCGCCGCUGCUGAAGCCGAUAGCAGCUCUGUUUGGAAUCAACUGCACACCACCCAAGCAGACAACCAAACCCACCGUGGUGCGGCCGGGCUACAGCAUAACGGGCUUUGAGCGGGCGGCCUUCUACAGCUGGUUUGGGCUCGUGCUGGCGGUGCAGCGGCAGCCCGUGGUGGUGCACAUAGAGGCGUCUGCCGACUCCUUUCUCAACUACGACGGGCUGUGCAAGUACCAGGACCCGGCGUGCUUCACGUACAACCUGAACCACGUGGUGCUGCUGGUGGGGUACCGCCUGGUGGGGUUUGACGAAGCCUUCCCCCACAUGUCGCCGCCUUAUUGGAUCAUCCGCAACUCGUGGGGGCCUGACUGGGGCGAUGGGGGCUACAUGCGCAUGGACAUCCAAGGGGGGAAUGGCGUGUGUGGCAUCAACACUCUGCCAGGAGUCUACCCUAUCGUUCUUGACAAGCAGGAUCCGUGCAACAACCGGGCGCACCACGAUACGAUCGGCGCAGUGUUGAACCCGUGUGGCAACUUCAAGUGCACGGUGACUGCUGAUGGCACGUCCAACCGCUGCGACUGCAACACGGCAUCUGACGGUCGAUUCAUUGAGGCCAACAACACAGAUGGCUCCCGCACCUGUGCCUACGUGGAUGCCUGUGCAGCGCAAAUCCGCAACCCGUGUGCAGUGGGAACGUGUGUGAAUGACGGGGCGGGGUCAUACUCGUGUGUGUGUCCACUGGGCUUCAGGCAGGGCACCACCGUCGAUGGCACCUUCUCCUGUGCUCCUGGCAGCACCAACGGCACCUACACUGUGAUCUCAAACAAUGUCAAGUGCUCAGACGUCUUUCCCAUCUACGGCCUCUCCCUGGAACAACUCAAGCAGCAGAACCCGUCCAUUGCGUGUGACGCGCCUCUACCAGUGGGCACGGUGCUCCAAGUGGCUCCGCCCACCACCAUCACGCCCUGCACUGUCUACUACACCACGGAGGAGGGUGACACGUGUGAGGCCCUGGCGACGUACUUCUCGCUGGCCAGCACGUGCCCAUCCUCUGAGUGCACGGCAGCCUUCCAGGCGCUCAACCCGGGGGUGGACUGCACCGCCAACAGCGCCAAGCUGCCCCCGAGCCAGGCCGUGUGUGUGGAGCGGCGGGCGGAGAUGGUGGGGGUGGUGGCGCUGUGCUCGCAGUACUACUAUGUGGAGAGCGCCGAGACGUGCGAGUCCAUCCGCAACGUGCCCGACCCGCCUCUCUCCCACGUUGACUUCUACCGCCUCAACCCCGGCAUCAAGUGCAGCCGCCUCGUGCCCAAGACCGACGUUGGCACCUUCACCGGCUUCGAGGCUUGUGUUGGGAGCACGGACAGUCUUCUCCAAGGGACAUGUCCCCGUGCCACUGCCAUUACAAUCGGCACUGGUGAUCGCUGCACAGCUAUCCAGGUCAAGUAUUUCCGAGGGUAA